ACUUAUAGCAGAGUAGUUUUCCAUGGGCGGGGUCAACACUCAACAGUCAACACCUCCCUGAACUGGAAAAUGAAAAAUGAGAGAGAGUGAAGGGAACCGUGGCCAUUAUUUUCCUAAGAACUCAACACCAUCAAACCUAUAACUCGUGUUCUUAAUGCUUCCUGCGUACACACUACUCUGCAAAUAAAUAAAUAAAAGUGUUGUAAGCUGUAUCGGGUUGUUGAAGAAUGGAUUGGCACGUCCAUAGCGAACUCCCCAUGGUGCUUGCAUCCAUAGGGACCGUCAUCUCUUUGUUGCUGAUGACCGCUUUGCCACCAUCCCUCUCCCAAUCCCUACCUACCGGUAAUCACUCCCUGUGCAGGCUUCCAUAUGAGUGUGGCGAACAACAAUUAUACUACCCUUUCUGGGGGAGAGACCGACCCAGCCAGUGUGGCGGCAAUGACAGACUCCAGCUUUUCUGCAUGGAGGAAAACUACACUUACAUUGAAAUGGGCUUAAAACGAGUCGGUGUGGUGAAUGAUGAUGACCAUGACAACAGCGUGAAAUUGGUGCCCUUGGCAGUGGCUGACGGAGGACCUGAUGUUUACUCUUGGGAUUACGGUUAUUCUCUGGAUUUCCCUCUCUUAAUGUACAACCAAACAGUGCACAACAUCACCAUAUUCUAUGAUUGCACCUACUCUCGGGAUUAUCAAAGCCUAGGGUGCGGGGGUAGUGGUGGUGAUGUUGUGUAUUAUAAUGGUACGGAAAAAGAGGUGCUGGCAAGUCAUCAAGAGCUUAAGGAUUGCCAUCAUCGUAUCCAAGUGGCCGCUGAGGCUGUUGAGUUGAACGGGGUCGGAGUUCAUGAUGCUUUUCCUCUGUAUUUCGGUAAAGGUGUGUCGGUGAGCUACACUUAUUCUCAAGAUUGUAUGAGAUGCGUGGAGAGUAAAGGAAGUUGCGGGAGCAACGAUGCGCAUGCAUUUACCUGCUAUUGCCCUGAUGGAUCUAUUGCCCUCCCAUGUUCUCAUCCUGUUCCUGCUCCUGAUCCUCCUCCUGGUCCUCGUCCCGAUUAUCGUUCUCAAGAAAAGACGUUAACCCUUGCAGGAAAUCACUUGAGAUGGAUAGUUAUAGGUACAGUGGCUGCUGUUGUGGUUGGAGUGCUAGCCCUUGCCAUGGCCAUGGCCAUCUAUUUCUAUCAAAGGCGAAAGAAGACUACUUAUGGAAUGUCUUCUGAUCCAUCAUCUUUCAAAGACACUGAGAAGAGAAGUCAAUACUUUGGAGCGCAGCUUCAAUGUUCUCUUGCUGUCGCAUGGCACUACGCUAGUUCAGGUGUAACAGUUGCAGUAAUUACAGUUUUCAGACUGUUGGCUACUUGUUUAGCGCCGAAAUCAUUGAAGAUAAAGAGUAACCAACAGAUUGAGACCUUCUUGAAAAAUCAUGGAGUCUUAUCUUUGAAGAGAUAUAAAUUUUCGGAUGUGAAGAAAAUGACCAACUCUUUCAAAGAUAAAUUAGGACAAGGCGGUUUUGGUGCUGUAUAUAAGGGAAAGUUAUCCAAUGGUUUUGAUGUGGCUGUCAAAAUAUUGAAUCCAUCCAAAGGAAAUGGUGAAGAAUUUAUUAACGAGGUAGCUAGCAUUAGUAGAACUUCUCAUGUUAAUGUUGUCACUCUUCUUGGAUUUUGUUUUGAAGGUCAUAAGAAAGUUCUCAUCUAUGAGUUUAUGUCCAAUGGUUCCCUUGACAAUUUUAUUUACAAAAAGGACCCUAAGAAUACUCCACUCUUGAGUUGGGAUAAUUUGUAUCAAAUUUCCAUAGGGAUUGCUAGAGGAUUGGAGUAUUUGCAUAGAGGAUGCAACAUUCGAAUUUUACAUUUUGACAUAAAACCACAUAAUAUUCUUUUGGACGAAAACUUUUGUCCCAAGAUAUCAGAUUUUGGGCUAGCAAAGCUUUGUUCUAGAAAAGAAAGUCAUAUUUCAAUGUCUGAAACUAGAGGAACAAUAGGGUACAUAGCUCCAGAAGUGUCAAAUAGACAUUUCGGUAGAGUUUCAUAUAAAUCUGAUGUUUAUAGCUAUGGAAUGAUGCUUCUAGAAAUGGUAGGAAUGAAGGAGAAGAACAUAACUGCAGAACCAAGUCAAUCAAGCGAGAUGUACUUCCCUGACUGGAUAUACAAAAGGCUUGAGCAAGGCAGUCAAUUAGGACCCGAUGAUGAUGGGGAGGUGAUCAUAGAGGAAAAUGAUGUUGUUAAGAAAAUGACAGUGGUGGGUUUAUGGUGCAUUCAACCAAUUCCAGAUGAUAGACCAACAAUGAGCAAAGUUGUAGAAAUGUUGGAAGGCAGCAUGAAUUUCCUGGAAUUGCCUCCUAGGCCUGUUCUGUCUUCUCAGAUAAGGUUGGUGAUAGAAUCUUCUACUAUUGUAUCGUCGUUGGUAGAAUCUUCUUCUAUUGUUAGUUAAGUUCAUUGCUUCGUGCCCCGUAAGUUGUCUAUAUGUACCAAUUACAAAUCGGUAGUUGUGUUUCACUGAUAAGUAAUUAAAUCUAUUGCCUUGAGGAGGAAAGAUAUUUUUGAAACAUUCUCUGUUUUCAUGUUAAGUGGUACCUAUUAUUUAUUGUAA